CCAACCCCACAGGCGCGCGCUGUCCCCGUCUCGCUGGUUGGGCGGGUGCCGCAGGAAGCACCGUUACACACAUGGAGACAGAGAGGAAAGGCUCUCAGACAGCUCUCAGUCUCAUUUAAACUCUGCUCUGACUGGUUUCUUCUCAGUAACUAUUUAUUUGUGUUAAAUAAGUAAAAUAUUUUUUUGUGUGUGGCUAUUUUUGUGCGCAGCCGGGAGGAGUAACAGGAUAUUUCAGCUACAAGUCAGAGCAGCGGACAGGAGGAGUUUGAUGGAAUCUCAUUGAAGAAACAGUUUGACUCUAAAGACUCAUUCUAAACCGGAAUAAACGUUUUUUUCACCCGGGAAAGCCUCUCUGUGUCAGUGGUAGUCUGCUAACAUGAAGCCAUCAGGGGGCUGCGUGGGAUUCUUCUUUUACUUGGUUCUGGUUCUGUUCUGUCCUGCUGCAGCUUACAAUCUGGAUCUGGAGCACAGUCUGGUGUUCAACGGCCCCAGCUCCUCAAUGUUUGGAUACUCUGUGCUGCUGCAUCGCCACUACUCUCACAAAUGGCUGGUGGUCGGUGCUCCAGUGGCUAAUUCCUCCAGUUCGCAGGUUCAGUCUCCAGGAGCAGUUUAUCGCUGCAGCAUCACAGCUGAGAGGCGCACAUGCUACCCUAUGCCUGCUGAUGUUACAAGCUGUGGUAAAACGUGUGAAGCUGAGAGUGAUCACCAGUGGCUGGGCGUCAGUUUGUCAAGACAAUCCAGUGAAAAUGGUGGACUCAUCCUGGCAUGUGCUCACCGCUGGAAGAACGUGUUCUACUCAAGGAAAGACAGCCAGAACAACAAGCUCCCUAAUGGGGUCUGUUAUCAAUAUACAAGUGACCUGAGUUUCUCCGGGUACCUCAUUCCUUGCUACAAAGACCAUCAGAGGAAAUUCGGUGAAUAUUAUGGAUCAUGUCAGGCGGGCAUUUCCAACGUCAUGACACAGGAUCUGAUCAUCAUGGGAGCACCAGGAACUUCUUAUUGGACGGGCUCAGUUCUGGCCUACAACACCUCCUCAGGAGCGAUGUCAGUUUAUCUUGAUGACGAAACAGGAGCUGUCAGCUUUGGAAGCUACCUCGGUUACGCUGUUGGAGCUGGUCACUUCCUGAGUCCCUCAUCUAUGGAGGUGGUGGGUGGAGCUCCGCAGUUCAGUCAGAAGGGCAAGGUCUUCAUCUUCUCAAUAGGCAACGAUAACAUGAUGGAAAUGGUUUCAUCCGUUACAGGAAAAGAACUGGGAUCUUAUUUCGGCUCCAGUGUUUGUGUGGUGGAUCUGAAUGCUGAUGGUUUGUCAGACCUGCUGGUUGGAGCCCCCAUGGCAACGGGGACCUCCAGGGAAGAAGGGAGGGUGCAUGUUUACAUCAAUGAGGGAAAGGCUAAUCUGAAGGAGAUGGAUUUUACGCUGAUGGGCAACGAUGCUUACGCGGCCCGGUUCGGACAGACCAUCGCUGAACUUGGAGACCUGGACGAUGAUGGUUAUCCAGAUGUGGCCGUUGGCGCUCCACAGGAAGACGAACUCAAAGGAGCCGUCUACAUCUACAAUGGCAGGAAGGAAGGCAUUUCACAAACGCCAUCACAGAGGAUUUCAGGGUCCUCCUUGGGUCAUGACCUUAGGAUGUUUGGGCAGUCACUUAACUCUGGGAUUGAUAUCGAUGACAACGGCUACAAAGAUGUGGCUGUGGGAGCAUUCCUCUCAGACUCUGCUGUGGUUCUCAGGACCCGCCCAGUGAUUCAAGUGAAAGCUACUCUGAUUCUACCGGAGCAGGUGGACCAGCAGGCGGCGCUAUGUCAAGCUCCCAGUAAUCCGACAGUCUGCCUCAACAUUACGAUCUGCUUCCAUGUUACAUCUAAACAUUUUAAAGGGGCAAUAGAGCUUCAGUAUAAUUUGACCUCCGACAUCCUCCAUAAACCAUCCUUCCCUCACCGUUUCUAUUUCCACGGUAAUGGAUCAUCGAACAGCACGAGGGGUCAUUUGAAGGCACGGCCUGGCCACCACACCUGUGUAACACAUGUUGUUUACCAAAGGAAAGAUGUUAAAGACAUUUACACCCCUAUUCAGUUUGAAGUUUCCUUCCAGCUCAAAGAAAAAAUCAGCCACAGAAGCACCUCCAAAGCCUUCCCUCCAUUGAAACCAAUUCUGCAGCAGAGCACAGGGGAUCGUAACACCGUCACCAACCAGACUCAGUUCGCACGCUUCUGCUCUUUGGUGAACUGUUCAACCAACAUGCAGCUUUCAAGUGAACUGGUGCUACCGGGACAACAGAGUUUUUUUGCUCUCGGCUCUGGACAAAUCAUCCUGAAAACCUCUCUGCUGAACGCCGGAGAUGACGCCUUCCUGCCACGAAUGACAUUGAGAUUCCCAAACAUCAUCCACUUCAUCAAAGUGUUGAAUAAUCAGGACAACGUGAUUAGUUGUGACGUCACAGAGAAGGCGAACGCCACAGACGUGAGCAUCGACUGCGGCAUCACCAGCCUCAUCCUGCCAGCCAGCUCCCAGAUAAAUAUCAGUUUUCUGUUCGAUGUCAAUCAGAACAGCACGCCUGGUGACAUUAACAUCCACAUCAACACCAGCAGCGCCAACUAUGAGAUGGAGAACUUCCUCCAAGAUAACAGCCUCACACUUGUUCUUCCCUUGAAAUAUGGAGUCAGCGUCAGCAUCCACGGUUUUGUGACCCCAACUUCUUUUGUGUUCGGAGACGAAGACUUAAUUCCAGCUGACUGCUACCCUGAAAAAUUCAACUACACAUACAAGGUGAUAAACUCUGGUCCCAGCAAGGCGAUAAAUACUGUGGUGCAGAUUGCUGUGCCAAAAAUCCUCGCACCCCACCUACACCGAUUGCUGCAGGUCAUCGACCUGAAGUCAUCACAUGGUUCGUGCUCAAUAAGUGACAAAACGGUUCUGGUUGAAGAGGACUGUAAUGUUCCUCAAACUUCGUUCAUCAAACAGCUGAUGUUCUUCUUCUCUCCCACCAGCACCCGCACAAUGUACUGUGGCCGCAGAGAUCAUCUGUGUGAGCAGCUGGUGUGUCGUCUCGGUAACCUGGAGGCAGGGAGAGACGCUACCAUCCAGCUGGAGAUCAGCCUGAACCCUGCUGUGCUGCUCCAAGCUCCGGGUCGUCAUCCUGUAAUGCGGGUGGAAAGCACAGCGACUUUAUUAUCUCCCAGAGAAGGUCCUCACACCGUCCUACUAAAAGAUCCACCUGUGGAAAAGGUGGUGGUGGAGGCAGUUUUUACCCAGAAACCCUCGAUGUCUGUGAAGAUUUUCAUCGUCGUUGUCAGUUUAGUAUUGGGACUUCUCAUCCUGGCAGCUCUCAUCUGGUGUUUGUGGAAGGCUGGCUUCUUUAAGAGAAGCUUCAAGAAGCAGGAGGAAAUAAACAGGGACAGCUGGGAUUAUGUUCCCAAACUAAACAAGAGGGAGAGCUCUAUUUAACAGCGGCUGCUGCCUCUCACCAGGACGCCUGAGCAUCGACAUCGGGUGGAAUUUACACCUCAGCUGUGCAGAAACUUUGCAGCAAAGAUGGAUGAUGGUGAAAGAGUCCUGAACGCACCUGAACUGGUAUAUUGAAUGUGCCUUCACAAAAAAAAAAA